AUGUCUACUAUCGUUGACGAUCAUGAGCAUGUUGCCGUUUUCUGGGAUUACGAGAACUGCACUCCGCCUACAACAGUCCCGGGAUAUGAUAUAACGAACAACAUACGCGAGAUCGCUCACAAGUUUGGAAGUGUUAAACAGUUCAAAGCUUACCUAGAAUUGUCCGAACAAUCGUCGUCGAAGUCUCUCAACCUGCGCUCUGAGCUCCAGUCUUGUGGGGUAUCAUUAACAGACUGUCCCCAUAAUGGUCGAAAGGAAGUGGCAGACAAGAUGAUGAUUGUCGACAUGUUGACCUAUGCGAUCGAUACACCUGCCCCGGCCACCCUUGUACUGAUUACAGGCGAUCGCGACUUUGUGUACGCCGUCUCGGUGUUAAGAUUACGGAAGUACCGCGUCGUUCUGGUCGCACCGAACACGACGCACACUAGUCUCAGGUCCCAGGCAUCCGAGGUGCUCGACUGGGACGGUGAUGUUCUCAGAAAGACGAGCAAGGAUGCGCGGCACACGAGGGUUGACCCAUCACGCGUCAGGACGCAAUCGACGAGCGUUCUGAUGUGCUCGUCUCCACCAGCCCAGCGCAGGCCCCAUCGUCCAUCUUUUCGAGAUAAUUCAUCCGAGACGGUGCAACUGACUGUCACUAGAGACGAUGGUCAUUCUCGCAGUGCAUCUAUGGAUACAGGCCCAAUUUCGCAUCAUUCUAUCAGAACUACGCUGACUCGAGACGUCGAUGCAAGUGGGUCUUCUCAGCAAGCAGUCGCAGACACGGAACACAGCGACAUAGAAUCAGAAGACAUCGAGCAUAUCCUGGAUCUCGACGUGUACCUGAAGAAAUUGCAGAAUCCUUCGUCCGACGGCGAGUCGUCCACCGUAGACCCAUCUUCAAUGCUCACCCCUUCAAUGCGCUGCGUAGCGGCGUGCCCUGGACCAUAUGUGGUGCAGCAGAUACAGUCUGAUGUCAUGCAAGAUGAGAAACCAACGGAUACACAAGUAGUACCCUUGCCUAGCACACCGGCUGUAAUUCCAAGCGAUAUACCGUUUCCUUCCCCGAGUCGCGCUCUGAUCGAGGAGCCAUUACAUCAUUCACCGGUCCAAUCGUUGCCAGACGACAAACCUUCCGAAACUUUGACCUCCACCAUCGCCAGUAGUUCGGGAGGAUCGAUGGCACGCACCACGUCUCCUGAUACCGGAUUCUCUUCAUCAUCUUCCCAAAAGAAAAUUUCGAUAAAUGACGCCAAUCCUUCUAUAUUCGCGGAGAUCAUAUUAGCACAGACAAAUAUACAGCCACUCCCUUCAGCUUCUCCGAUUUGUUCGAGUGUCGCAGAGGAUAACUACAGUUCGACCCCUCCCUCGACAUUUAAUGGAUUAUCCGGAGGGGCGAAUACUCCACCUACAGUUGCCGAAGCUGUUACAGCCGCUGUUUCAAUGCAGGCUGGAUCACCCAUACGACCGCCCGUUUCACCGAUACCUCGGGCUCCUUCGGUGCUCCCCGUAACUCUACCUUCUGACAGGGACCCUGUCGCAAAUGCCCCAACGUCGGCGAAUUCGACUAACUCGAAUUCGCCUAACCUUCUUCCAAUCCCUCCACAUUUCAAGUCCCUCCUACAAAUCUUGGAGAAAUGCAAAAGGGCAGGGGUCCUCCGUCCCUUGCGGAGCAUCGUUGGACUUACACUUGUGCAAGGAAAUCCGAAGUUGUACUCGGUUUCGGGUUUCAAGAAUUUUACUAUGUAUACCGCGCAUGCAGAGAAGGUUGGGAUGGUUACCUUAGGGGGAGUAUCCGGACAAGCCUGGAUAUCGCUGAAUCCGGCUUGGUAUGGUAGGGUCAUAGUAGGUGCAUGA